GAGAACGAAGAGCGGGUGAAGAAGUGCCAUGGCGGCUUCCAGCAGUAGCAACAGCAGCCGCCGGGCCGGUAAUGGCUGUGGAGCCGGUGGGCAGCAGCAGCAGGCGGGCUCCCGGCGGCGGAAAGGCCCUGGCGCUUUAGCCACGGCCUACCUGGUCAUUUACAACGUGGUCAUGACAGCCGGGUGGCUUGUUAUAGCGGUUGGUUUAGUCAGAGCAUACCUUGCUACUGGCAGCUAUCACAACCUUUACUAUUCAAUAGAAAAGCCUUUGAAAUUCUUCCAAACUGGAGCUUUGCUUGAGAUUGUGCACUGCGCAGUAGGAAUUGUUCCCUCUUCUGUUGUCCUGACUGCUUUCCAGGUGAUGUCAAGAGUUUUUCUGACAUGGGCCAUAACCCAUAGUGUAAAAGAGGUACAAAGUGAAGACAGUGUUCUCCUUUUUGUUAUUGCCUGGACGAUCACAGAGAUAAUCCGUUAUUCUUUUUAUACCUUCAGUUUAUUAAACCACCUCCCUUACAUCAUCAAAUGGGCCAGGUACACGUUGUUCAUUGUGCUGUAUCCGAUGGGCGUUUCAGGAGAAUUGCUCACAAUAUAUGCUGCUUUACCUUUUGUCAGGCGAUCCAGUUUAUAUUCCAUUAGUUUACCUAACAAAUACAAUUUCUCAUUUGACUAUUAUACAUUCCUGAUCCUGACUAUGUUACUAUAUAUUCCACUCUUUCCUCAGCUGUAUUUUCACAUGCUACAUCAGAGAAGAAAAAUACUUUCUCUUACUGAAGAACACAAGAAAUCUGAAUAACAUUAUCUUUUGGUCAGAACUAUGCAUGCAGACACACACACACACACACUGGCCACGUUCAGAAUACACCUUAAACCAUGGCUUUAACCACAGUGAAUAAGGCUUUCUGGUUUAAGGUGUAUUCUGAAUGGGGCCACACACACACAGAGGCCACACAAACAGAAGUUGAUAAAUAAUACAGAGUAUUAAAAUGAGAAAGUCAAAAUUAAAAGUUUGGUUAAAUACUGAAUAUAUAUUUGAACACUAGCAGUUUUUCAACAAAAUCAUCACCCUGUGAUACUGCCUUUUCAGCAUAUAUGUUAUUGUGAAAUGUAUUUUGUUACCAUUCUUUUAUUUUAUAUUUAAUUUAUUUGCUAAAAACUUCCAUUAUAACAUACAUGUCAGUGGACUGAGUGAUAAAGUAAAUGUGGUGCUUGAAUUAGGAUUAUUUUAUUAAUUAAAGCUUGUUUGCAUGUAAGAUACUUAUGUGCAUUGUUGUAAAUAUAUUAUCUGGAAUGCGUAUAACAAUUUGCCUAGAACUGUCAUGGGCAGACUAGUUAAGCCCUACAAAUGACUUUGCUGACUCUGGAUGUGGAAAUGGGUUGUAUAAUCUGCACAACUGAAUAUUUUUGCAAAGUCGGGCCUUAAAAUAAUGCAGUAUGCACAACAGUGUGUGUACUGAAGGUGCAACUUAAUCUUAUUACCUCAAACUUGGAUUCUCUCUUGCUGUUACUGAAUGCUUUCCUUACAUCGUUUUUCUUUCUUUUUUUACUUGGCACCAAAUUGUAUUGAGAUGCACACAAUAUAAAUAAUUUGUAGCUGACAUUGAUGUCAGUUGGGAACUAUUUUAUGGCUUUGAAUUAACUGUCCAACUUCAUCAAGUAGCAUUUUUCAAGCAUAAUUGGAGAUGAAAAUAUCUGAUUUUAAUUUUCAGCAUCUAGACAAAGUCUCUAAAGAAUCUUUCUUAAAAACAAGCUUAUCUAAAGUUAAAAAUGUUUUUAACAGCACCACUAAUGUGGUGUCCCUAAAGACAAUGUUAGUAAAUCCAAACUUUUCUCAGUCAGAGAAUGACAUUUUCAUAACAAUGCCAGAUGAGAAAUAAUAGUCUGAGUGUUUUUGAUUAAAUAACUUGCUUAGAACAGUCUGGAGAAAAUGCUACUGUUACAUUUAGGGUCCUUAUUGACUAGCUAUACUAGAAAGAGAGUAAAACUUUACUCCUUGUUAAAAUGGCCACAUUUUCCUUCUAUUUGAAGAGAGCUAAAGCUUAAUGAUUAGUCCACAUGGGAUAAGAAAAAGUGAAGCAAUUUGUACCUUUAUUUUUAUAUUGGGGUCCAAUAGAAAAUAUCAUUUUCUUCGUCACUAUUGAACUUUAUGAUGCAUUUUCUAAAGGUGGCAUCCAGCCUAUUUCACAUUCAUUCCAUCACAUUAAUUUGUUUUGUAUCACACUAGGUGUCACUCUCUACCUUUUGUUCUGCUUCUUUAGGAAAAAUAAUUUGACUCCCUGACAUUUGGCCUUCCUACUCCAUCUGAAGAGGCACUCUUCUUGCAAUUGGGAGUUCUUUCCUCACAUUCUGACGUAUAGUGUCAUUUUAGAAUGCAGAAUUUAUUUCAUCGUACCAUCAAGCAGCAGCGUCUAUUGGUUGAUUCAUAGCUUGACUUAUACAAGAAGUGUAAGUGCACAUCCACAUUACCGUUUGAAGGAGAACAGGGGUUGCACAUUAACUCUUUUUUUUACAUGUGCCCUAUAGCACACUCUGCCCUUCAUGGCUAUGAUGGCUGUAGCUCAGAUGCAAGUCUUGCAGUCCAAACACCAAGCCACCCUAUAAGCCUGCAGAAACAUUUGCUGCUUUUGUCAUUUACGUAAUUUCAGGAUAUUUAUUUAUUUAGAGUAUUUUUAUCCCGCACCUCAGCCAAAAGGCUCUCGGAGCGGCUUACAAUGUAUCAAUAAAGAAGACAGUCCCUACCCUCAGGCUUACAUUCUAAAAAAAGACAUGACACACAAGGAAAAGUGUAUGGGGAGGGAAGAGGGAGAAAAUAAAAAGAAAUUAAGGAGACUGUUUAGGCUGGUGGGAAGGCCCUGCUCCGUCCUCUCAUCUCCCAAUGGAGGGGCAAACCAACAGCUCCUUCUUCCCAACAAGGUGAAGAUGGCAGUUAGCCCUGGGGGGACGGGGGACACACCAACUUUGCACUGAAUGGCCAGGUGUGCCACUUGGAUGUAACUUUAGUUACAAAAUAGAUAGGAUAUAGUAUGUAAUUACUUGUAGAUUCUAGGAAUACUCUUGUGUAGAUAGCUGGCAAUUAACAGAGACCUCUGCAUCAACCUCUUCAACUCAUAGCUAUAAGAGGUCUAUCCAGGCUUGUAGUCCAUCAGCUUAGCUUAUUGUCCAGUGAUAAUCGUUUCUUUGCAUGUAUAUCUCGUACAUAUCUGGCAACAGGACUCCAUUAAACUCUGCUUCUCUCUUUUAUCCCUAUGAUUGGGCAGAAAAGCUUAGUAUUCCUCAUGCAAGUGACUUUGACUGAAGAGAUUAUCUUAGGAAAAGGCUUUCCCCUGCCAGAUGUGAUACAACACAUUUCUAAUAAGUGUGAUUUACAAUGAGGUGAACCCAUCAAGAGCAACACUUCUGCCCUUACACAAUUUGGAAAGCAUUUUCGUACACCAAGAACAAUAAUCAACAAGGAAAGAAUGGAAAGGAAACUAACUGCAGGAUUAUUUACUGCUUUAGCCAGUAGCUAUCGCUGGUUAAAUAACUUCUAUCAGCACAACACAGUUAUGCCAAAUCAAUUCCAACCCCCCUGUUACAGCUCUGGUUCAUAGCAGAAAAAGAGUUUUAUUUGUGAUGCAGAGAUGUAGCCAGUCAUGUCUCCCAGGCACAUCUAUCCUUUAGCACAUACAUGGCUGAAUACACAUGUGCAUAUGGUUGUUGUUUUUUGGUCUUAAGGUUUUUUCUUGCAAGUACAACAGUUCCCUCAGGUCACUGCAGUGUCUCCUUGUACUAUCAAAUUUCGUAAAUGCUGGUGUAGGAUCAGUCAUGAGGAUAUUUUGUAAGCUGCUUUUAACCUCUUGGAGGCUAUAAAGUAAGACACUGUUUGAAUAAAUAAAUCUGGCUCCAGAACUUCAUAGGGCAUUGCGGCAUUUAAUGUUGGCUUCUGUCCCAAGUUACAUUGCACUUUGUUGUUGUUUUCUCCUGGUCAAAGCUCCACAUCUCUUAGGCUCUGAGGGGAAAAAAGGAAUAGCAGCAUUUAGGAGUCAAUGUAAGUCAGAAAUUUCUUUUUUUAAAAAAUAUACCCAUCUUUUGCAAUUUAGUUCACUAUAUAUCCAACAUGCAAACAGCUUUGAACCUCUAAGAAAUGUAGAAAUGCUCAGUCUAUUUGCAUAAAAUGAUUGUCUGGUAUAGAGGCUUCUAUAGAAACAUGUUGAUAUGAAACAAAUGUUAUUUUCCAUUUUCAGCACAGCAAUCCUUUGUUCCUUGGGUGGGCAACCCAGGACCAUAGUAUGGUAUAGAUUUCCCUUCCCAAGGCCAUAGACACAGUACUCGGAGACAGAAAUCCAAGUGCUGAUUUCCCAUCCAUUGCAACCAUUUGGAUAGCAGCCCAAUGGCUUCUCUUCAAGGUGGAAGAAAAAGGAGCAAGGACAAUGGAAAGAGAGGCCAUGAGUCUGCUGCAUGCAUGAUCCUCGGUUUCUCCUCCCUACUCACCAAGAGGUAGUUCAGCUUAGAUGAGAAGCCGAUUUAUUGAGUAAUAUUAAAAAGCAGGGAUGGGAGGCAAAAACACCUUCAUCGUUCUUUCCGCCCACCUUGCCAGAGCUUAGGAUAGAUGGAAAGCUCUGAUCAUGGAGCCCUUCAUCUACAUAGUGGCAAUCCUUUAAGCUCUAAAUUGUUUUGGCACACUAUGUUUCUAAAUGAUUCUGAGGUCCUGUGGUGUAACCCAGUGGUAUCCAACUAACACUGGAUCACGAAAUCAGUCCAGAUGGGUUGUGGCAAAGCUCUUGCCUCCUUGUUGGGCAAUUGUAAAAGUAGGUCCCAUGUUGCAGGUUGUUGAAUUCAGAAUUGACACUGUUGUAGAGAGAGUUUUAAGGUAGAAACUGAUUUAGUCUGCCUCACCCUAAAAUUAUGAACUAGCAACUUCCAAUAAGAUGGAUCUCUGGAUUGUAUAUUCUACAGUCCCCCAGUAUUUACCUUCAAAUUCCCUGCCUCAAUGCACUAUUAUGGAGAGCUCCUCUUCAGUGUGGGAAGGAGGAAUUGCAACAGUCAUCAUCUGACAUUUGCACUGACAUCUUUUGGUCAGGCUUCUCACUAGACUGUUCUCAGGCUUUUCAGAUAAAUCCUGCCAUAAAGAGAGGGACACAAAAAGAGAGGGACCUACCCAGGCAGUGACUGAGGAAGAUUAAAAACCUAUCAGCAGUCAAUAUUAACUGGAUGAAGGAUUGAAAAAAAAGUAAGGUGUCUAAGAUGGGACAAAAAUUUGGAGACUAGAAUGGUUGUCUAGGACCUCUGCUGAGUUACUGAAAAGCUGACGAUUGAAGUUUCUAUGCACCAUUUCUACAUACCUCGCUGUUGCAUAUGUGUUCCAGUAGCUCAUGAAUAGAUGCUGCCAACAGAGAUAUUCUUUAUAGCUGAGUUGUCAUCAAAUGCUAUUGCAAAUGCAGGAAAGGACUCUUGCUAUAUUCCAAAGCUGCUUGCUCAAAAUCUCAUCUAAAGGCCAAAGGACAUGUUACAAACAGAUUCAUGUAAUAUUGUUCUGGUGGGUGUGUGCUUCUGAAAAGUUGCCAUCAAAAUAGAAAGAAUGGUAUGUGGGGAGAGAGCAUUUAACCCUUGUUCUACAGGCUAUGUUGCCACUCAAAUUGCCUUUCUCCUUGAGAGAGAAAAGAUAUAGGUACCCAUGUCUUUUCCAAUGUGCGGAGGACAGGAGCUUAGGGAAGAUGAUUUUGAUUAGAAAAUGAUCCACGGAGAAAGGUUACUCUCUUAUCCCACUCUGUUUCUUCAAUAAAACUUGCAGCCUCCAAUACUGUUUUAAUUAUUUUUUUUAAGUGAGAAAGUUACCUGAUCUACACUUAACAUUGGUUCUGCCCUAAAUGAACCGCCCAGAGAGCUCCGGCUAUUGGGUGGUAUAGAAAUUAAAUAAAUAAAUAAAUAAAUAAAAUAUAGAUUCUCUGCAGCUUUUAAGGAAACUUGCUGCAUAACACACUAGUUUUAUAACUUUUUUAAAAACAUACACACACACACACACCAUGAAGUCUCUUAUUCUCCACACCAAAAAUGUGUCAGUGCCAACUUUUUGGCUUUCCAAGUAUUGCCAAUAAGGAAGAAAACUUACAUCAGACAGCUACAAAGGUGCACUUGGGUUUCCAGUUCAGACUUGCUACUACAACUUGAAUGAUUUACUUAGUGUGUUAAGUCAGAAAUAGUUUGCCAGUGCCUUAGACUAUUGUGGAAGAUAGAGCAAUGCAGUAAAUGGAGGGGAAAGACUAAAUUUGUCGCUGUUGCACCGAAGCUUCUCAAGCAGGCUGAGCAAACAAUGGCUACUCCACUCAUUUGGUGGGUCAGGGAACACAAUGUGCAUGGAUUGCUGAUUUUCUUGUGCAUGAGGAUUGUUCCCUAGUACAUUGAAUGAAAAGGCAACUCUAUGCACACAGGGCUGUAUAUGUACAUCAGAGCUUUGUGGAGUGUUUGGAUCAUGUCCAGUAUAUUUGUGAAUGGGGGAUUCCCUAUCCUACCAACUGCUUAAUUAGAUUAAGUGUGUAUUCAGUAUACAUUUUUCUGGAGAGAAGUAUCCAUGGUUAUUAAUAGAUCCACACAUGUAAAUAAGCUUUCUCUAAAGUGAACACUUCCAAGGUUGAGGUUUUCUCUAGUUUUGAAAUCUAAUUUUUAUUUCAGUUGACAAAAUGGCUGUUAGAAUUACUUGAUUUCUCUUCAAAUCUGCCUUAUUCUCAAUUCUUGUAAAGACAAUCUAGAAUCAGGAUUAGGGCUGAAAUAUUGGCAUUUUGAUACAUGCAUUAACUUGUUCAUAGUGCAAGUUCAGUAUUAGUAUCUUUGAUCAGAAGUGAACUUUGUUUGAAGUACAUCUUUUGAAGUGUACAUUAAUGAGUUGUACGUGGAACUCUGUAGGGGGCUCAUCAUACAGAGUUCCUCAUACGCUGAAGAAAAAAUUAUCUUCUGCACAUAUGACAGAGCCACAGCAGAAGCUAUUUGUUUAUACCAUGAUGGUUUCUGUGAUGUAGAUAAAAGCAACAUGAAUAUGAUUUCUCAUUUUAUAUGUUAACUUUAGUUUCAUCUUGGUCUGGAAUUACAUGUCAGAGACUGCUCCUUUCUAAGAGAGAGAUUUCAUACAAAGAACUGUUGAUUAUUACAAAAUAAACUAAUACAAAUGUUAUUGGUUCUAUCAAAUAAUUUAACACAAGAGAUUGGCAUUUUUAUAUGGGGCAGUUUAGUUAUAUUUCAUCUAAAAUGUUUAUUGAUAUACAACUGGAUUUUUAUGCAUAUUUAUGUCAUAGAAUUUGAUAAAAUUGUAGUCUUUUUGUAAUUUUUUUCUAUGUUGUGAAAAAUGCAGUUGUAAAUUUUGAUAAGUAAUUUACAAUAAUGUUAAUGUUUUCAAAUACUUUCAUACCUAAUAUUACCUGGGGCCGUGAGAGACAACUUUUUAUGGAUGUUUAGAAAAUAUUAUGAAAUAAAAUGCUAAGUAAUUCCUAUUCCUGCUCAAUAUUGCAUUGUGAAAUAAAUUAAUUGUAUCUGCCAGAUUUGGAGUGCUGGCAAGUGAUAUCUAAGCAUUAUAAUGUAAAUAAAAUAUUCUGAAUGAA